AUGCAUGGAAUACCAAGAGGUCUGGUGUUUGCCAUUUACUAUCCCGUCCUUGCAGCUAUUGGACUUCCAGCUAAUCUGGCAUUGAUUAUCAUCCUGUACCAAAGAAGAUGCGGUCUCUCUGGAUGCAUUACCUACUACCUGGUGUCCAUGGCAAUAACGGAUCUCAUGCUCAUCGUUACUGCUGUAAUAUUAAACCGGAUUGCUGGGAUUUUUUUCCCAUUCAGCUUCCCGUUUAUCACCCCAGUAUGCAGCCUCCGCUUGGCCUUUAAUUUUGCAGCUAUUGACAGUUCUGCCUGGUUAACUGUCGCUUUCACCUUUGAUAGAUUUGUAGUUAUUUGUUGCCAGAAGCUAAAAACAAAAUAUUGCACCGAGAAGGUGGCAGUGCGAGUGAUCGGAAUCGUGUCCGCACUGACCUGUUUAAAAAAUGCCUUUGUGUAUUUUAUAUACGAACCCACGUACAUAGUUAAUAAUAUACCUUUGUUUUGUCGUGCACGGUUAAUAUUUUACACUUCACCAGCUUGGGCUGCGUAUGACUGGAUACGGCCUAUUUUAACCCCAUGUCUUCCCUUUAUUCUGAUUUUACUGCUGAAUAUUCUGACCGUCAGAUACAUUCUAGUGGCCAAUAGAGGCCGCAGGAGACUUCGGGUCCAGAACAAUGGGAAGAAUCAGGGUGAUCCAGAAAUGGAAAAGCGGAGAAAAUCAAUUGUUUUACUUUUCGCCAUCUCGGGCACUUUUAUCCUGUUACAUUUGUUAUUUAUAAUAACGAUCAUAUACAUCCGAGUUGCGAAAGUCGUUUAUUUCACAGGCUCCGACUUCAGUGAACAAACAUUUCUUCUCGAAGAAGCCGGAUUUAGGCUUCUCCUCUUGACUUCCAGCGUCAAUCCGUUCAUUUACGCCGGGACCCAAGGCAAAAUCAGAAUUGAGUUGAGGAAUGGGCUGAAGUAUCCACUGAGACUACUCAUUCAAAUAUUUAAAAUCGGAAGAUAA